CCGCAGGACAAGUUCAAAGCGGUGACGCCGGCGGCAAAGAAGAACGCCAAGGCGAAGGCGAAAGCGAAGGCGAAGGCAAAAGCCGCUGGAGCACCAAAGAAUAAGGCAGUGGUGGCCCCUGUGUCAGUGUCCUUCGAGGGCAGCGCGGCCCGACCUGCGGCACAAGCGCAGCAGCAGAGAAAGGCGCCGGGCGCCAAAUACCGAGCAGAGUACGAUGAUGGCGGCUACCGCGACGAUCCCUACCCGUACGACAGCGGCCCGUACUACGACGACGAGGGGGCGUACCCCGAGGAUGGAGAAGGCAAGCGUCAAAAAGAAGCAGAAGUUACUGUCGACACCACUGAUGAGCAGCCUGAUGAUACAAAGUCUGAGAAUACUGAGGGCUUAAGCUUGGAUGACUUGAUGGAAGCGUGGACUAACCAGCCUUACCCGCUCUUCUGCAUCAUUUGGUGUUUGCUCGUGUUCCUCCUGUGGCUAGUCUACUCUGUUAAAGAGGGCACGCAGAUCGCCGGCUUCGAGUCGAUCUGGCCAGGGGAGAUCUUUGGGACAACCCUGUCGCUGUACAGCGAGUGCAAGGAUUACCGCUCCCAGAUCUGGCGGUGGUGGUCCUACCAGUUCACCCACACCAGCUUCACACAUGUGUUCACCAACGUACUCCUCGUGCUUGUCCUUGGUAUCCAGCUGGAGGGUUACCACGGCACCCUGCACCUGUGGACCUUCUUCCAGACCGGUGUCUUUGGAGGUGCCAUGUGCUACCUCAUCACUGACUCCCACACGAGGACGUACCGUCGGCAUGUCGGGCGGGUGCUACUCCCUCAUCGGCAUGCACAUCGGGGACAUCGCCCUGAACUGGCAAGAGAGGCCACGAAGGUGGGCGAAGCUGCUCCUGAUCGCGUUCUUCUUCGCCUUCGACACUCUACAGACCUACGUCCUGUCCAGCGGCGAGGGCGUCAGCCACGCCGCGCACUUCGGCGGCUUCGUCGCAGGCUGUGUGAUCUGCGUCAUCUUCGGUCACAACUCGAAGGUGCACGACUACGAGAGGGUCAUCCAGGCCUUCGCCUGGCUGAUCGGCAUCGGCUGCACCAGUUUCUGCUUGGGCUGGGGCCUGCAGUGGCCGCCCCAGACCAUCUUCGAGGAGGUGGGCUGGUGCUGGACGCGGCAGGUGAAGAGCAAGUCGAUUUUCGGCGACUGGGAUGCCCGCUGCGUGCGCUGCUACACCCAGGGCUGCAUCGACACAUGGCAGCCCGGAGAGACAUAAGAGAUGAUGAAUCAGCGAUGCGGGUCUCAGGAACCGUACAUCGCCACCGUCACCCAAUCGGCUUGUGAGUCGAUCGGCGGCUGGGCCGUGAGUGAGCAGUAGUGGCGCCCUGCCUGCGCGGAAUCCAUCGGUAGAGAGUGUUAUUUCCUGGAACAGAGGAGAAUGUUGUUAGGAAGGGUAGGGUAGUGCAGACGCAGCCCACCGUACCUGGGGCGCAGGAGCCUGGCCGCUGCCCAUGGCACCAAGCUCGUUUCCUCGCCAGCUAUUCCGAGCAUGCUCUGGUCUGGGCCGCCUGCAUCCUCUGCAGGGAGCGCCCUCGUGCCAAGGCCUCCCGCGGCUGAACAAAUCGCGGUGGAUUUAUUUCGCCGUGUUCGGCGUCGAGGGGACACUUUCCGGGCCCCAGCGCAAACAAUUCGACGACCCAGGACGAAGCAGAUUUUUUCGGGGAAGGAACCUUGGCACAGCUUCAUUAGGAAACACAGGCUGCGCAUCGACAGUGCAAGAACCGACUGUACUGGUUGCAGGUGCCUUCACCGUAUGAUCGUACAGAGUAAGCACAGGCAGUCGAAUGGAGUUAAGACCGCUGCCAGAUUUCUAAGCGGCGGCGGAUCUUGACGCAGAAGGGGAAUACGCUUUCGCAUGUCACCGUCUCUCACCUUGCUGCCUGAAUGUUCACAAGCUGUAUGUUCUUGUAGUUGUCGGCAGUGUUCCAGCUGACUGAACCCUCAUUAGCUGGUUUAUGGCAACGGUAGCCCGCCGCCGCGUCUGACGAGCAAGGACUGCCCCCUUUGUGAGCUCGCUGCGAAACGACGGUGGAGGGAUGCUUUCGAAAAG